AUGGAGUACUUUAUAUAUAAUCCAGAACUACAGCUUCUCUGCUGCCGCUCAUGCCGGACUAUGGUUACACGAAGACAAAUCAGGGUACAUCUUCGUAAUGAACCACAUCAUCUUACUAUCGAUGUGAUCAAGGAUGCACAAGAAUGGGCAUCUAAGCACAAAAUCUUUGAGAGUCAGCAAGAGGUUCACAAUAAUCUACCACCCAGGCCCGACAAUGCACCGCCAAUUACAGCUUUAGGGCCGCCAGGUACAGGAGGUAUUCGGUGCGAGUUUGUCCCGGAGCAUAGUACUUGCCAGCCCGAUUGCCUAUACGUGGGCAAAGAUCUGAGGCGAAUUCGAGAACAUCUCGGGGUCAAGCAUCAUUGGAGCUUAGACCUCAAAGGCGGGCGUCGCUCAGCUGCUGUGGCAGAGGAGGAGAGGAGCAAUAGUCCAUGGAGGACGGGGGUCUACUAUCAGCGGCUGUUCCUUAGGGGGCUGGGAAGUGAGCUAUUCGAAGUGGCAAGGGGACUGAAUCUCGAACAAUCAAGGGUUCAAGACCGUGAGUCACAAGUCAGACUUCAGCAAGCCAUCGACGCAUUCCAAAGCAAGGGCAAAGAUAUUCGAAGCCGAGAGGCGGAGCGUAUUGAUGCGGAGAAUGAUGUCACUGCACCGAACCCGUGGCUUCGUCGGCUGGGUUCUGCUCUCCAUCUAAAGGACUUUAGUGGGAAAAAGGACUUCUUAAGAGACUUAAUCGCCAUGGAAUACGAAACAGAUCCGGACGAUCCGGUCAGGUCAGACGACGCUCAACUGCGCUUUGUGCAUAUCGCAUUUGAUCGGCUGAUUAACCAUGCCAGGGCUGUUAUUACUCCGAAUGUUAUAUCUUGGAAUGCUCUAUUUGAGGUAAAUCGCAAGGAACUGGCGAAAGAGAGGACGAAGCCAUUCCAUUUCCGGUUUAAGCCCGAGACACAGAGGAGGUAUGCACUUGUUAUCAAGCAGUUACUCGCUUACAUCGUUCGAUGCAUGUCUUUCAAGGAUAAGGCAGAUCGGCCACCGUUCAAACUCAGUAUACGGCAACAGAGUGCUUACGAUGUUAUGAUGGAACACGCAGAUGACUUGACCGAGGCUUGGAAAGAGCACAGUGGUGACCCAGAAGCACCCGAGGUCGCCAGACUUCUUGACUUGUUGGAGACUACCGUUCUCGAGUUAUACAUCUCUGUUCUUGACCAUUUCACGAAGGACACGGAGUAUGACAGCGUUCUUGUCAGCUUCUUAACUGUUCUUAGCGUGCGAGCAGAUGGUACUUGGGAGGGGUAUGGAAGUUUCACGCCAAAGCUUUCUGCCAUCAUGGCCAUUUCUCGUCUCUGCAUUAUCAAAUACACCGUGGACCAACGAACCAAAGCUAUCAAGCAAAAGACACAACAAGGCCAGAGUCAAGAAGAAGCCGAAGAGAAUAGCCCAAGCCAUUUCUCACUGAUAUCCGAGAUGACUCGACGGUUUAUGGUAGGCGGAGGGGAGGGCUGGGAAACGACGCCGACGCAAUUUAUCAUCCGGCUCCGAAAUUUCGGCAUGGCUGCACAAAACAACACAGCAGCACAUGGCUCAGUGAGCUGGGAUAACAGCAGAGAGGAGCUUAUCUAUAAGGGUACUCGUCUCAGCGUUCUUGACGUGCAGGCCAUGAUGAGAUUGGCGGUCCAACAGUUGGAGACUGUACUCUACAAGGACUUGUUAUUCUUCACGGAGUUCUCUGAGCAGUCUCCCGCCGAACUUGGAUUGCCCGAGAUCCCGUGGGAUGAGCUAUUGGACAAUGCGGCUGACGAAACAGUCGGGCAUUCGUUCAUCGAUAAAUUAUUCCAGCACGAUGGAGGUGCUAGCAGAGGUUGGGUCAUCAAGAAGAUCUUACAAAACAAUGGCUUAAGAGCCAAGUGGGUUAAGUCGAUGAAUGAUGGCAGUAUGGAGUUGAACUCCAGGCUAGCAUAUCGAUAUGGUCUCAAGGUGGAGAAAGCAUUGGAGCUGCUAGCGGUUCUCGCGCAUAUGAGUAGCGGAUUUCCACUGCGAGCAUGGGAACUUCUUGUCGUCAGGCAUUGCAACACAAGUAACGGAGGCAUACGUAAUAUUCUGUGUGAUCGUGGACUCAUCAUGAUUGUCACAGGGGCGCACAAAGGCUUCACGACGACUGGGAGGCUCAAGAUCAUCCAUCGCUUCUUGCCGCGGGAGGUUGGCACUCUACUGACAUACUACUUGUGGCUCGUUCUGCCAUUCUGGGAAGAUAUUCAGGCCAAUAUAUGGAACAAAUCUAGCUUUGAUGCUGGGUUGUGGGCGACAGAAGGCACUCAGGAGAGCGAGAGGAGUCAGGACAGUGAACAGGCAGACGGGGCAAUAGACCCCAGCCAAAAUCAGACAAGCCAGGUCGGGGAGGGUGCGCAAGAGAAUGGUUGGUCACUAGGCCCCGGGGAACAUUGGACAUCUCCGCGCUUGUCACGCAACAUCAGAAGGCUCAGUGCUCUGGCUUGUGGGCAAAAGUUAAACAUCAGCAGCUGGAGACAUAUCUCUACGGCAAUCGGUCGACGGUACUUUCGAAACGCAUCUACAGCACACACGAGGCUACUGCACGAGGUAGACUCGGAUGACAGCGGCAGCGAAAGUGAUGACGAUGAGGAUAGCCCAUACGACUUGCAGGCGGGUCACGGGUCCAAGACCGCAGGCUUGAUAUACGGACGGUUGAUUACAGAAGGAGCAUUUGAAACGAAUGAACGCCGCGUCAACUUCCGGUACAUUAGUGAGGAAUGGCACCGAUUACUAGGCUUUCCGUCUGCAAUGGGAGGCUUUGGUGAGGUUCUCACGCCAGGCCGCAAGCGAAAGAAGGCAUCCGUCUGCGACGAAGCGCUUCGGAAACUGCAGUUGGAGAGAUGGAAGUCGCGUCGCCGGAUCAACAUCGACCGUGAACUCGUCUACUUGUAUGGAGAUCAAGCUGCAUUCCGGGGUGUUCAACGGGAGGCGAUCCAGGCAAUCAUGAUGAACAAGAGCCCCAUCGUCGUCGUAAUGGGGACAGGAGGUGGAAAGAGCUUGAGCUUUAUGUUGCCGGCAGCAAGCUGUCCAGGUGGCGUGACUGUCGUGGUAGUUCCACUGGUAUCGCUACAGGGUGACUUGAUAGAACGGUGUCGGAAGAUGAAGAUACCAUGUACCGAGUGGCGUAGUGACCAGUCCCCAGGGCCGGCAUCACUUGUUUUUGUCACGCCCGAGUCCGCAAUGACCAAGCGGUUCCAUGAUUACGUGGAAGGACUUCGGGUGAUGGCGCAGCUUGACGGCUUUGUAUUUGACGAAGCACAUACGAUACUAGAGGGCACGCGGGACUUUCGACCGAAGCUAAGAGAGUUGGGUCGUCUAGCACUGGUUGGGGUACAGAUGGUAUAUCUAACGGCAACAUUGCCACCAAGUAAGGAGGCAGAGUUCUUUGAGCUUAUCAACGCUCGAUCAGAGGAUGUGACCAUGACCAGAACCAGUACAACUCGCGCCAAUGUCGUGUAUAGUGUGCAAACGCUGACAGCAACGACCCCAGAGCAAGCGACAGAAGCGGUGACAACAAAGGUUCGGGAGGUACUGGACCGGAAACUCGAGGAGUAUCCAUGGCCGGCAAAAAUAAUUGUAUACUGCAAUACUGUGGUGGCAACCGAUGCUCUUGCCACUGAACUGAACUGCGAUGCUUAUCACCGAGAUGUCGAUACGCGAGACGGAAAAGCAGAGAGACUGCGAGCUUGGAUCAGUGGACUGGAGCGAGAGCGAUAUGGCGGAGGACGGGUGAUUGUGGCCACUAAUGCACUCGGGCUGGGCAUCGACGUUCCAGAUAUCCGGGUGGUAAUGCAUGUGGAGAUGCCAUUUGAGAUGGCAGAUUACGCGCAGCAAAGUGGACGAGCAGGAAGGGACGGCAAGCGAAGCGAGGCAAUUGUAGUCCGAGUUGCUGCCGAAGGGCAAAGAAGGAUAUUAAUGGGUCUUGGGGGUCGUGGGGCGGUAGAUGAUUUUGUAAAUGGGGAGGUGUGCAGACGGGUUAUUCUGGAUUCAGAGAUGGACGGCCGUGGCGAUCGGGACAGGUGCGAGGAAGGCGAGGAGCAGUGCGACGUAUGUCAAGCUGCUCACGCGAUGGUGGAACCGGACGAUUUGGAGAUGAGCGAGGAAGAUGAAGAAAUAGGGUUGAGGGCGCAAGAGAUUGGUGUGCAGCAGAUUCGAAGCCGGGUCGCAAGCAGAGCUAUUAGUGAGGCUAGAGAGGUCGAGCUAUUCCGGGAAAGGUUACAGGAACGUCUGCUCGGAGGGUGUAUGUUCUGUUAUCCACUUGGCAUGGCCGAUUCCAAUCCAGAUCACACGGGGAUAGACUGCAGCAUGGCGCGGACAGGUGGUGAUUUGCCGAGGAAGAUUUUUGACAUGGGACUCCGGAUGCAGGCGUGCUUGAGGGAGGGGGGAUUGGAAAAGUUCGGUGGCUGCUUUGGCUGCUUUCUUCCGCAAGAAUUAUGCAACGGAUGGGAGGAGAAUGCGGUGGAGGGCGGAUGGCGAAAGAUUGAGGACGUUGAGUGUCGAUACCAGGGUGUUAUGGUAUCGACGAUCUCAUAUGUUUACACAUUGUCGCCAGACGAGGCGCGGGAGUUAUUUUUCAGAGUCGGGUUUACGGGUGGGAAAGGUAAUUCAGCGGAUCAGGGGUUUAAGGAAAAGGAUUUAUGGAAAUGGAUGGGUAGACGUAUUGAUUGGGGAGGGUUACAGGCAUUUAACAUGUGGAGAGUUUUCUCAUAUAUGGCAGAAGUAGAAGAGGGGGAGGGAGUAUAA